UUAGCAACGGCAGAACGAAACUGCCGCUCGUCAACAACAAUCAUCGCCGCGUCUCAUUGUCCAGAAUCGUUGAGAUCGGCGCGCUCGAUCGACGACGGCCCCAAAGAGAGAAAUUACGUGCAACGUUCGGCCGCUAAGGGGAUGAAAAGAUCGGUAGUAAUGAUGCCUUCUUGGAUUCUUUUCGGUUUAUUUUCCUUGGUUCACGGUCAGCUGGAUAUACCGUCCUUGAAUGAGAAUUCUCGCGAUAAUUUUGGCAGGCGAUUUCCACCUACGGAAGCCGAGUUGCAAGACAUUUUAGCCAGAUUGGACUUCCUUGGUACCGAGAGAUGCAGCGCAAACGUGGCUGCGCAAUGGUCCUACGAAACGGACGUGAACGAAUACACUCAGAUACAGGCGCUCGAAGCUCAGAGAAUAUACGCAGACUUUCAGAAUCAGGCUUGGUUCCUGAUUUCGAGGAUCGAUAAAAAUAAUAUCAGAGAUCCUGUGAUCAGAAGACGUCUCAGAUAUUUGUCUGUGGUUGGUCCAUCGGCUCUUCCACCGGAUCAAUUGGACAGGUACAAUCGCGUGAUCAACGAUAUGCUGGCAGUGUACAACGAGGCUACCAUUUGCGCGUACAACGAUCCCUUCCGGUGCGGGCUGCGGCUGUAUCCAGAUAUAUCGCAGAUCAUGGCGAAAAGUCGCAACUGGGAUGAGUUGCAAUAUGUUUGGACGGAAUGGAGAAGACGUAGCGGCAUGAGGAUCAAGGAUCUAUAUCAACAACUUGUCACAUUGAACAAUGAGGCAGCUAAACUAAACAAUUUCACCGACGCGGCAGAAUAUUGGAUGUUUCCUUACGAAUCUCCCAAUCUGCAACAAGAUAUCGAUGAAAUUUGGGAAAUGAUACGUCCCCUUUACGAAGAAUUACACGCGUAUAUUCGAAGGAAAUUAAGGGACUUGUACGGACCCGAGAAGAUCGGCACUCAUGCUCUUCUUCCAGCUCAUAUUCUUGGAAAUAUUUGGGCUCAGUCAUGGACUAACAUUAUCGAUAUCACGAUUCCAUAUCCGGGAAAAAAUAACCUAGAUGUGACGCAGGAAAUGCAGGCCCAAGGUUACACACCUAUCGAGAUGUUCAGAAUCGCCGAGGAAUUUUACUUAUCUUUGAACCUGAGCGCCAUGCCACCGGAAUUCUGGGCCGGAAGUAUAAUCGUCGACCCUGGAGAUCGACCUUUGAUUUGCCAGGCUUCCGCUUGGGACUUCUGCAAUCGUCUGGAUUACAGGAUCAAGAUGUGCACCAAAGUCACCAUGAAGGAUUUAAUCACAGUGCAUCACGAGAUGGCUCAUAUCGAAUAUUUCUUACGAUACAGCGGAUUAACUCGUGAAUUCAGGGAUGGCGCCAAUCCAGGAUUCCACGAAGCCGUGGGUGAAGCCGUGGCCCUCAGCGUCUCCACUCCUCGCCAUCUUCAGACUCUAAGUUUGGGUAACAAGUAUAUCGACGAGUCUACAACGGAUAUCAAUUACCUGUUCACUCUUGCCAUGGAUAAAUUGGUGAUGUUGCCGUUCAGCAUCGUAAUGGACAGGUGGCGGUGGGACGUGUUCCGCGGUUACGUCACCAGGGAAGACUACAACUGUCAUUGGCACAGGUUGAUGGAGCAAUACGCCGGUAUCAAGCCCCCUGUUUUGAGAUCGGAGGACGAUUUCGAUCCUGGCGCUAAAUAUCACGUUCCUGCAAAUAUCCCGUACAUUCGGAAUUUCGUGGCAGGGGUUCUUCAGUUCCAACUGUAUCGCGCGUUGUGUCAGGCCGCUGGACAAAGGAGCGUGGACGAUUUUAGGAGGCCUCUUCACAGGUGCGAUUUCUACAGGAGCCCGGAAGCUGGAAGAAUUUUAGGAAAAAUCAUGGAGAGGGGCUCCUCGGUGCCUUGGCAGGAGACGCUUCAAGAAGCCAUCGGUGAGGACAGAUUGGACGCGACUGCCCUCAGAGAAUACUUCAGGCCCCUCGAAGAUUGGCUGAGAACGGAAAACUUGAGGACCGGCGACGUGGUCGGAUGGUCUUACGACGGAGAUUAUUGCAAGCGCAGCAUCGAGACCGCCGGUCUCCAGGUCUAUGGAAGCGGAUUCUACAACGGCGGAGUUUCGUUCACCACUACGAAAGCUGCUUUACCAACGAUUUUUUCGAUCCUACUCACAAUUUUGAUACUUUGUUAAGGAAGAAACAGUGUGGAACAGUGGGUAAAGCUUCCACGAUCGAGAUCGUUUAAGGAUAUUUUUUUCCGCCAAGAACGAUCGAUACUUUUAUUACAGGAGCCAAAACCAGAAACCAAACAGAACACCAAAAUAUUAUAGGAUUCUUGUUAAAUACUGUAAAAUAUAAUAAAUAGAUCACGCGAUUUUUAAGUGAAAUAUUCCUCGUUUAAAAGAUAUAUUUAUAAUAAUUGAGA